CAGGAAGAGACCGAAAUGUGGAAAAUAAGGGAGUGGGAGAAGCAGACAGAAGAGACUUACUGGAAAAGGCAAAGCAGAAUGCUGUCAGACACCUCCAGCAGUCGGAUGCGCAGCGAUGGCUUUGAUGAGGAGGGCCACAGGGCUGACUGGAAAACAAGGAACUCGCAAUUUCUUGACCCAGUUGAAGAUGAUCUCCUUAGGGCCCGAUCCUGGAAUAAAAAGCUGUAUGAAUGUGAAGCCAACAUGCCAGACAGGUGGGGUCACAGUGGCUAUAAAGAGUUGUAUCCUGAAGAAUUUGAUACAGAUAGUGACCAACAAGAGGGAGAUGAAAAAAAUGUUAUCAAUGGGAAGAAGAAAUCUCAUCUGGGAAAGCAAACUGCCCGUGAGUCACACAAACGGAAAAAAACAAAGAAAUCGCACAAGAACAAGCAAAAAAAGCGAUCACACAAAAAGCGAAAGAAAAAGAAAAAGGAGCAAGGCAGAACAUCAUCAGAUUCUUCCUGGGAGAGCGAGUGCUCAGAAGAGGAGACUUCAAGCACCCGGAAAGGGAAACACAAGCGCAAGAAAAAGACCAGGAAAGUGCCUGCCAGGGAACCCACCUCUUCUGGGCGGGAAAGUGACUUUUCUCAUGCAAGCAGCUCAACCACCAGCAGCUCUGAGGACACUGAAUCUGAGGAGAAAAAAGAGAAACGGCCCCCAAAAAAGAGAAAGAAACGUCACAAUUCUGUGUCAGAGAGGCAAAUUGAGGUGCCAGAGAAGAGGAGCAAGAGGAAGAACUGGAAAGUGGCUGCCGACGAAAAAUCGGAGGAUAGCUCAGAUGAGGACUGAUGAGUCUAGGCUGAAGCUCAGACAAUAAGGUAGAGGACAGAGGCAGGUAUUUAUCUUUCAGCGCUGCCCCACGGUACAACUUGUUUCAACACUGUGGUUUAUAUACAUCCUGCCAACCCACAGUGGAGAAACUGAGCCGUGGCGGCCUGCAGUAGGUGCCCACUUGCUUUUCAUUGACUUGACAUUCAGAAAAACCAGGGGAGCAGUUGCCUGUCUCACAGGUUGGCUAUUCCUGCCAACUUCUGAUUCUUUUUCUGUGAUCAGGUUGACCUCUGAUGCACGAAAAUGUUAUAGGCUAUCUGCAGGGGGAAAACAGGCAUGUUUGCACCUCUU